CAAACACAGAUCCGAAUACACUCGCCACGAUGAGAGAGGUGAGCUCGAUCCACGUCGGCCAGGCCGGUAUCCAGAUCGGUAACUCGUGCUGGGAGCUCUACCUCAACGAGCACGGCCUUUCGCCCGACGGUCGCAUCGUCGCCGGCUCGCCGUCGGAGAACGAUGACGGCUUCAGCACUUUCUUCUCUGAGACUGGCUCUGGCAAGUACGUCCCCCGCUCCAUCUAUGUCGACCUGGAGCCCAAUGUGGUCGACGAGGUGCGCACGGGUACCUACCGCUCGCUUUUCCACCCCGAGACGCUCGUCACGGGCAAGGAGGAUGCGGCCAAUAACUAUGCCCGUGGCCACUACACGGUCGGCAAGGAGCUCAUCGACCAGACGCUCGACCGCGUUCGCAAGCUCGCCGACGCCUGCUCGGGUCUGCAAGGCUUCUUUGUCUUCCACUCCUUUGGCGGUGGUACCGGUUCGGGUUUCGGCUCACUCCUCCUCGAGCGCCUCGCGCAGGACUACGGCAAGAAGGCCAAGCUCGAGUUCAGCGUUUACCCCGCGCCGAUGAUGUCGUCCUCCGUCGUGGAGCCAUACAACUCGGUGUUGACGACGCACACUACGCUCGAGAACUCGGACUGCUCUUUCAUGGUCGACAACGAGGCGAUCUAUGACAUUUGCAAGAGGAACCUCGGCAUCGUCGCGCCAGGCUACUCGAACCUCAACCGCCUCAUCGCACAGGUCGUCUCGUCGAUCACUGCGUCGCUGCGCUUUGACGGUUCGCUGAACGUGGACCUGAACGAGUUCCAGACGAACCUCGUGCCGUUCCCGCGCAUCCACUUCCCGCUCGCGACCUACGCGCCGAUCAUCUCAGCCGAGAAGGCGUUCCACGAGAGCAACUCGGUUGCCGAGAUGACGUACUCGUCGUUCGAGAAGGGUAACCAGAUGGUCAAGUGCGACCCCCGCGACGGCAAGUUCAUGGCGUGCUGCCUGCUCUACCGUGGCGACGUUGUACCCAAGGACGUCAACUCGGCCGUCGCGGCAAUCAAGACGAAGCGCACGAUCCAGUUCGUCGACUGGUGCCCUACGGGCUUCAAGAUCGGCAUCUGCAACGAGCCGCCCGCGCUCGUCCCCGGCGGCGACCUGGCUAAGGUGAGCCGGAGCUUGUGCAUGCUCGCCAACACGACGGCGAUCGCCGCCGCGUGGAGCCGGCUCGACCGCAAGUUCGACUUGCUGUACAGCAAGCGCGCCUUUGUCCACUGGUUUGUUGGCGAGGGCAUGGAGGAGGGCGAGUUCUCCGAGGCGCGCGAGGAUCUCGCAGCGCUCGAGAAGGACUACGAGGAAGUCGGUCUCGACAGUGUCGGCCCUGAGGACGAGAUGGAGCCAGAGGAGUACUAAGCGCGAGCCACGAGUGCUAGUGUGACAUGCGGUGAACCUUGGCUCUCCACGUUGUGUUUGGGUCGCUCGCCCAUCUCCUACCGCCUUCCAUGCUUGAACCGGGCGCUGGAUCGCGCACGCGCUCGCCGUGCGACGUGAAUGUACUACACACUUGUUCCUUCGUCCAUUCU